UCCAUGUUGUCGGAGAAAACGUGAGGGCUUCACCUAGACAAGAGGGGGCAACGGAUAAAUAUACAAGCAAUGAAGUAAACUGAGAUGCGAAGCCUAGAGAAUAGCAGAUAAGAGAAAAGAAAAACAAAGAGCCAUGCCCCUCCCAUGUGGAAUAGAAUAGAAGGCGGGAAUAAAUAAAUAUCAAAAUAAUUUGUCUCCGUAGAUCCGAGAUAUUUUUGCGCUGACGAGAAUUAUUAAUUUCAAGCGUCGCUAGCUAUUAAUGCCACUAAAUGCGGUCCGACUGUUUGUCGCCGAAAAAGGUUGGUUGGACGUUGAGGGCUGUGCGUUUGUUAGAUGGAAAGUUCGAUCAUCACUCAAGUGCAGAGAGAGGAUUCUCGGUCGCCUUCAAAAACAGAUCAGGUGAAUAAUUCCUCGCUUCGGAAACCUGGAAGUCGGAACAUCUUCAAAAAGCUCAUCUGUUGCCUUCGACCUCAAGAUCCCCAACUGCCAACAUCACCUACCCAUGAUGCCUUGUUAGCACCCGAGGACAAUGGGACCAUUGCCAAAAUUCCAGGGGAGUGUCUUCUGCCAGCAGUGAUCUCUAGGGACCAAGGAAAGAUCUGUGUGGUUAUAGAUCUGGAUGAAACACUGGUGCAUAGCUCCUUUAAGCCAAUAAGCAAUGCAGAUUUCAUUGUGCCUGUGGAGAUUGAGGGGACCACACACCAGGUGUAUGUGUUGAAGAGGCCAUAUGUGGAUGAGUUUCUCCGGAGGAUGGGAGAACUGUUUGAAUGUGUUCUGUUCACUGCCAGCCUUGCUAAGUAUGCAGACCCAGUGACUGAUCUGCUGGAUAAGUGUGGUGUGUUUCGGACGCGGCUGUUUCGUGAAUCUUGCGUGUUCUAUCAAGGCUGCUAUGUUAAAGACCUGAGUCGCCUCGGCCGUGAGCUCCACAAAACUCUGAUCCUGGACAACUCCCCUGCCUCCUACAUCUUCCACCCUGAGAAUGCUGUUCCUGUAAUGUCCUGGUUUGAUGAUUCAGAUGACACAGAGCUGCUGCACCUCAUCCCAGUAUUUGAAGAGUUGAGUCAGGCUGAUGAUGUCUAUAGCAGACUAGAACAACUCAGGGGUCCAUAAUCCCUACACUUACAGACCACAUCAAACCUCCAUCUUGCAUUGCACUGACUGCAAAUCACAUGCAAGUGGCUCAUGUGACAGUAGGCUCCGCCCUCUGACCUGAAAACAAACAAGAAAGCUUUAAAUUCUACUGAACAUAGAGAAAUGUGCAGUACUAAUACUUGGAUGAUAUUUUGGUCAGAGGCCAACUGUCUCGGUCAUAGAGCUUGCCUUUUGCAAAACCACUUUACACAUUUUGUAUUUUUUUUAGCAUUUUAUACAUUUGUAAUGCCAUCUUUUGGGAGAUUAAAAUAGAUGCUGUUGAAAAAGACAAUACAUAGGGUAUAAUCAAGUCAUUAGCCAACAGUGCAGCUGAAGUCAAUGUAUUAUGCUAUACAACUGCACAAUGUGUAAGCACAAUGUACUUUCAGGCCAGUGUCUCUAUGCAAGCUCUACCUGAACACAUGCUCACAUGUUCAUUUACAUCUAUUCAUACUUUCAAUAUUUAAAGGAAACCUGGUGUUUCUAAUGUAUUCCGGAUAAAAAUUGUGAAAUGGCCAAAAUGGUAGAAAUUUUAUAUUAAUUAUCCAACAUGCCAUGCAUUUUUUUUAUUUUUAUAAAUGCUAAUGUGACACCAAGGACUCAUACAGUCUUGUUUUGGAAAACAGUCCUAUUACUUUACAAAGACAUUUUAUCAGCAGAGUAAAUGGCAGAGGUGCAUUAACAUGGCCUUUAAUGAAAUACCUGUUUUGAACACAGUUUCAUGUGAAUUACAACCACACUGUUGAUUUAAUUUAACACUUUCUAUAUGUAUAUUUAAGUGGCCUUAUCUCUGUUUUAAGUGUACUUGAUAAAAGAGGUUAUGAUACGUGAGGGGUAGAAUUAACCACAUAGAAUGAACCAAAGAGAUUUAUCUUAUUCAGUUCAUGUCUAACUCUGAGGGUUUACAUCAUGCUGUAUUUAUUGCAGACAACUACGAAUACUGUCCAUCAUCUUAUAUGUGUAUAUUUGGUUAAACUUUAAUUAAAAUCUUUAUACAAAACCAUUUCGUAUCAUCUCUGGCAUAGACCAGAUGCUCCACCUCUUUAUUACAAUCUUGUUUUCAUUGUAGUACAAGCAUUCAAAAUGGCAGUGGUUAUAUAUAUAUAUAUAUACACAACAGUGUUCAAAUGGUGGUCUCUUGGCUUUGUGUUCAAAAAUGGACAUGCCUUUAAUAAGGUUUGUGUUAUGUAAUAUUUUUUUACUUUUGUAUUGCUGACAAUAAAAAUUUGUCCUGUACAAUUA